CAAACGAAUUAAAGAAAGUAAGCCAACCCCAGCAAGCAGGGAAGGCACAAAAGAAAAGAAAAAGCGUGAACCCAGCCAACGCACAUUAUUAGGAGAAAUGAUAGGGCACAAAAAGGCCAGA